AUGUUGACAGACUUGAGGACGUGCCCUUCCAGCCCGAGGAAGAAGAAGAAGGAAGCAGAAUCGGAGGUCCCUGAGGAAGAGGAGGUAAAGGAGGAAGCAGUGGAGGUCCCUGAGGAAGAGGAGGAAGCAGUGGAGGUCCCUGAGGAAGAGGAGGUAGAGGAGGAAGUAGUGGAGAUCCCUGAGGAAGAGGUGGUAGAGGAGGAAGUAGUGGAGGUCCCUGAGGAAGAGGUGAUAGAGGAGGAAGCAGUGGAGGUCCCUGAGGAAGAGGUGAUAGAGGAGGAAGCAGUGGAGGUCCCUGAGGAAGAGGAGGUAGAGGAGGAAGUAGUGGAGGUCCCUGAGGAAGAGGAGGUAGAGGAGGAAGUAGUGGAGGUCCCUGAGGAAGAGGUGGUAGAGGAGGAAUUAGUGGAGGUCCCUGAGGAAGAGGUGAUAGAGGAGGAAGCAGUGGAGGUCCCUGAGGAAGAGGUGAUAGAGGAGGAAGCAGUGGAGGUCCCUGGGGUAGAGGAGGAAGUAGUGGAGGUCCCUGAGGAAGAGGAGGAAGCAGUGGAGGUCCCUGAGGAAGAGGAGGAAGCAGUGGAGGUCUCUGAUGAAGAGGAGGUAGAGGAGGAAGCAGUGGAGGUCCCUGAUGAAGAGGAGGUAGAGGAGGAAGCAGUGGAGGUCCCUGAUGAAGAGGAGGUAGAGGAGGAAGCAGUGGAGGUCCCUGGGGAAGAGGAGGAAGCAGUGGAGGUCCCUGAUGAAGAGGAGGUAGAGGAGGAAGCAGUGGAGGUCCCUGGGGAAGAGGAGGAAGCAGUGGAGGACCCUGAUGAAGAGGAGGUAGAGGAGGAAGCAGUGGAGGUCCCUGGGGAACAGGAGGAAGCAGUGGAGGUCCCUGAUGAAGAGGAGGUAGAGGAGGAAGCAGUGGAGGUCUCUGAGGAAGAGGAGGUAGAGGAGAUAGCAGUGGAGGUCUCUGAGGAAGAGGAGGUAGAGGAGAUAGCAGUGGAGGUCUCUGAGGAAGAGGUGGUAGAGGAGAUAGCAGUGGAGGUCUCUGAGGAAGAGGAGGUAGAGGAGGAAGUUGUGGAGGUCUCUGAUACUGCAGAGGUUCUAGAAGAAGAAGCUGAACCCUCAGAAAACCUUGAGUAUUACAUCCUAGAGACAGACACCAUAGAAGAGUUGGAGGAAGUGAACCCUGCCUUUGUCCCUGUGGAAACGAUGGAAGAUCCCGAGCCAGCGGAGAGCCUUAAUGUCCCCGAGAAUGCGAUGGAGACUGUGCCCCCAGAUGAGCCUGAAGAAGAGGCUAACGAGGUGUUGGGUCAUCCAGAAAUAUCAGGAUAUGGAGAGGAAGUUAAGAGCUUAGAGGAGGGACCAAUCAUCGAGGAGCCAGUAACUGGAGAGGAUGCCUUGGAGGUGGAGGAAGAGGUGGCAAAAGAAGAAGUGGUGAUGGAACUUCUGGACAUGACUGAGACCUCGGUGGAGGACCUGGUAGAAGAUGAGAUUAUGUUGGUCGACGAGGCUGUUCCAGAGGCCUCUUACCCUACCACUCUUUCUGCAGAGAAGGAGUCGCCCUUCACCCAAGUCUCUGAUCCCAUAGUAGAAGAAGAGGCAACAGAGGCCACAGGCCUAUCCGCAGCCCCAGAACCGGAGGCAGAAGCAGAGGACCAGGGGGUCACCCCAGCUCUCACACCUGCCAAGUAUUACCCUGGCCCAGACAUUUCCAUCACUCUGGAGCUGCAGACGAUCGACCCUGUGACAGACUAUGACCUGGUCCCCUUCGGUGGCACCAACCAAACAGAGGAGGGAAGCAGCGGGUACCCCUCUGGAGGGGUACAUGGUGUGGACCACAGCGUUGCCAUGCCAAUCAACCCUGGGCGGGCGCUGAUGGUGUUCUUCAGUCUGAGGGUAACCAACAUGAAGUUCUCAGAUGACCUCUUCAAUAAGAGCUCCACGGAAUACAAGGCCCUGGAACAAAGGUUCAUAGAGCUGCUGCUCCCCUACCUCCAGUCCAACCUUAGUAACUUCCAGAACCUGGAGAUCCUAAACUUCCGGAACGGGAGUAUUGUGGUCAACAGCCGGAUGAAGUUCGGGAAGCCGGUACCUCGCGGCGUCAACAACGCAGUCUACCUGAUCCUGGAAGACUUCGCUAACACAGCCUACAAGACCAUGAACCUGGCCAUCGACAAGUACUCACUGGAUGUAGAGUCAGGUGACCAGGCGAACCAGUGUAAGUUCCAGGCGUGUAAUGAGUUUGCACAGUGUUCUGUGAACCGCUGGUCUGGCGAGGCGGAGUGUGUGUGUAACGCUGGAUACUUCAGUGUGGACGGACUGCCCUGUCAGAGCAUCUGUGACCUACAGACAGACUUCUGUAUGAAUGACGGGAAGUGUGACAUCAUACCUGGACAGGGGGCCAUCUGCAGAUGUCGUGUAGGGGAGAACUGGUGGUACCGUGGAGAACACUGUGAGGAGUACGUGUCAGAACCUCUGGUGGUCGGCAUAGCGAUUGCCUCCAUAGCCGGUUUCCUAUUGGUGGCUUCCGGUGUGAUCUUCUUCCUGGCAAGGACACUACGGGAUCAGUACGAUAAGGAUGAGACAGAAGACCCCUUACGGCGAGGGGAGAGUAUCCCGUCUCUAGAGAGGGCCACUAAGUACAACCCCAUGUAUGAGAGUGAGGCUAUGACGGGCUAUAGCCACUACUACCGCCGCUACCCAGAAGCCCCGGUCUACAGCAGCGCCAGCGCCGAGGCCUCCACAGACUUCAGCAGCGAGGAGAUACGCCACAUCUACGAGAACAGCGAACUGACCAAGGAGGAAAUCCAGGACAGGAUACGCAUCAUCGAGCUCUAUGCGAAGGACCGGCAGUUUGCAGACUUUGUGCGGCAGCAUCAAACUGCCCUGGAUACACGCAGAGAGAGCGCUCUUGACACACACAGAGAGAGCGUGUCCACGUAGACCUGUACGGGACUCUCAGCUGUAUGCUGUGAAAAACGGGGUGCCCUAUUCUCUUGUCCCGCCCUUCUUUCUCUUUUCUCAGUGUCUUCUCUCGAUUGGGUGAGCUCUGCUGGAAUGGGUGUGGUGGCUCGGGGCAGAUCCGCUGCUCAUUGGAUGUCUUCCUUUUGGGGGAAGACCCGCCUCCCUCCAUUUGGAAUCAUAUUUGUUGCCUGAAAUGAUGACAUACAAAAUGCAAUGCUGUCUAGGAUACCUGUUCUUCAGGUAGCAGAUAAGACAUGAUAAAGUCUUUCCUCUUGCAGUUAACGUCAUAUCUCAGCUCGUAGGGGUUGAGGAAAGUGUGAAUGUUGGAUGUGUACUUUAAUGUGUCAUUGUCACUAUCUGCUGUUGUACAUAUUAUCUUGGUCAGGUCGAAGUUGCAAAUGAGAACUUGUUCUCAACUAGCCUACCUGGUUAAAUAAAGGUGAAAUAAAAAAAUAAAAAA